UAAAGUAGGUCGGUCUUUCUAUCCUUAUUCCUUCCAUAAAGAACACGUAAUAUCUGAAGGUAAAAAGGAAAAAUGGACAUGAAAUAUACAAUAUAUCAGAUAAUCGUUAUAUUUACCAAUAUACAUAUGGUAACAUCUGGAUGUCAAGGAGAUUUCAUCGAAAGAAAUAGGCCAUGUCGGCCAAAGGAAUGUCAGACUCAAGCUUCCUUCAGGCCACCACAGAAUUGCAUUGAUCGUAAUAAGCGAGAAUGGAAUGAAUGUCGACUGAAGCUAAAACCACGGUUAACCAGCAAGAGAGGAGUAAGUGAAUCAGCUAGUGGGCAUACCUCUAUGCUAUCAAUGCUGUCCACAGGCCUAGUGAGAGCUGAAGCUGAAAACUCUUCUGAACCUGUUCUCAAUGUGUCAAUUUCGUAUAACAAGACGAAUCGAGAUGUGGAUUUGGUAGUAAAUAUGACCAGUCUUAAUGAUAGGCCGGGAGAUCCCUAUUAUUAUUGGCUACCCGAUCAGAGAACAGUGCACCUCCCAACAGAGAAACACAAUCAGACAGUCAAGAUUAUGCUAUCGUACAGAGUAUUUGAUACGUGUAGCUCAAAAUGUACCCAUCAUGGCUGUUACCUAUACGUCCUUCACCUCAUCCCAAUGUCACGGGAACACCUUGUGCUGACAUAUUACAUCACAGUUUUUAACAUUACAAAAAACGCGAACUUAACCGAAUUAAGCCUUGGGUGGAAGUCUGCAAUUGCCGUCGCUGUUUACCCAGAAGGAGAGGUUGUACAUGUUGUUUUUGAGCCAAUUCCUCCAAGACUGGUCCAUAGGCAAAUAAGCUAUCGAAUUGAUCUCCAUAAGUAUCCAGAACAAUAUGAACCAGUACAGACAUAUAAGAUACCGGAUAAUGUAACAAUAUAUACGCAUACAUUCCACGGCAUCAAAGAGGGAGAGUACUAUGUGGAGGUUCACUGUGUAAGGAAUAAUUAUAAUGCCAGGGAGAACCCGUGGAGCAGAUCCCAGCCAUUUUCAGUCAUGCCGAUAAAUUCUUCAUCAGGAGAAAACGUGACCAACCAGAUUGAAGAAGGGGUCAACAAAUCGCAUAUCUUUACAUCAUUAAUCAUAGUAGCAGCUCUCGGCAUUGUCAUCUUUUCGACAGUUUGCAUCUUUAUUUUACAUCGGAAGUUUCCAGCUUCAGGACAUAAACGGCAAAAGGAUGCAGUAUUGAUUGAUAAAACUAGAAAUAAUCCUCGUCAAGUGUCACCUGAUAAAUAUGGAAAUAAUUCUCGUCAAGUGUCACCUGAUGAAUAUGGAAAUAAUCCUCGUCAAGUGUCCCCUGAUGAAUAUGGAAAUAAUCCUCGUCAAGUGUCCCCUGAUGAAUAUGGAAAUAAGUCUCGUCAAGUGUCAAAUGAUGAAUAG